AUGAUCGUGCAUAUUGCAGGAUGUGGAUAUAAAAUAACAGUUGAAUUAAUGAAGAAUUACAUUGAAGAAAUUUGCAUUUAUGCUUUUAUUACCACUGAUCUUUGGACCUUAAGAGCUAAAACUGGAUAUAUUGGUAUAACGUAUCAUUGGUUAACUCAGGAAAUGAAAUUAUAUGAUAUAUUGGUAUAUGUAGAAAAAAUUUCAUAUCCACAUACCAGAACUCAUAUUUGCGAAACUAUUCAAGAAAAGUUAAAGGUUUUGGGAUUAGAAAAAAAGUUUUUUGAAUCACCUAAGCAAAUAGAAAGGUUAAAAGAUGCUCAAAGAGAAAUAAUUAAACAAAAAGAAUGA